CCCUGCAGCAGAUCAAAAUGGCGGAACCAACCACGCAAGCUGAGCAGUCUUCCAAGGGCGGUCUCAACACCAAUUACAGCUGGUAUGAGCACAACCUGACGCAGGUCCAGGAGCCAGCGCGCACGUUGUUGGAAAACUACAGUAAGAUACCAGAGGGGGAAAUCAUCGAACAUGUAAAGCAAGUGAGAGAUCAAGCAUUUGCAGUGUUUCCGUACCCCUGCAUCGGGUCGUUCCGAUUCUUGGAUAUCACUAUUUGCAACUCCCCUGCAUACCCCGAGAUACUGUCUCGGUUGAAGGGUACUGACUCGUACCUGGAUCUGGGGUGUGCGAUGGGGCAGGAUAUUCGGUAUCUCGUCUCCGAGGGCGUGCCACAGGGAAACAUCCAAGGCUCCGAUCUUCACACCGAGUUUAUCGACCUCGGAUACCAAUUGUUCAGGGACCGCUCGAGUCUCCAGUGCUCUUUCAUCACCAGUGAUAUUUUCGACGACAAGUGCGAGUUGCUCCAGAGGCUAAAAGGUAAGCUCGACAUUAUCAAUGCGGCUUCGUUCUUCCACCUCUUCGACUGGCCCACCGAGGUAGCCCUCGCAAAGCAGAUCAUCAAGCUACUAAAGCCCCAGCCUGGUUCACUCAUUGUGGGACGGCACGUUGGUCACUGGGACGCUGGCGAGAAGUCGGGCGGCGAAUUGGGACACGGGUUUUACCGCCAUAACUUGGAUUCUUGGCGUAGGAUGUGGGAUCAGAUUUCCGAGGAAACGGGUACAAAGUGGGAGGUUGAGGUCAUUGCCGAGGACUGGGCGGAUGUGAGGAAAAACGCCCACAAUGGCGAUACCGCCUUCAAGAUGCAGUUUGUUGUCAGAAGGACCUGAUUUCUUGCAUAGCAAUGCUCUAGAUGUAAGUUUUGUGUGGGUAAAUGUUCAAUAUGUGUCAAGAAUAUGUGUUGAAU